CACUGGGAACACACACUGCCAUUACUGUGAAACUAACCAGAGGCUGAUGUGACACAGGAAGAGCUUCAGUAACAUUAAGGACAAGUGGCAGAAAAGCCGAGACAAAAAGGGUAAGUUUCUCUUGAAUAUUUAUUUUCAGAAACACAUAGCAAUCUUUAAAACAUUUUCUUUUAUGGGAAUUUCUUUCCAUCUGAAUAUGACAGCUGAAUACUCGAAAUGUAACGAUGAAAACAUUGCAGAAAGCUGCUCAGCUCACGAGGAACUCCUCAUUGAAACACAUUAUUGUAAUGUAUACCAUAUAACACAUCAUAGUUGCUGACGAGCCGGGGGAGGUCAAUAACAGCAUCCCUUUUUACACAAGGCUUCACUUAAGUGCUCAGAUAUUCUCCAGGGCGGGUCACUCAAUCUGCCUCUAGCUUCCUCCUGCUUCCUUAUCUCUGUUACACUGAGCUGGGAUCUCAGGACAUACUGGACCAUAGGAUUCACACGCCCAGAUCUCUGCUCCUCUUUGUAUGCUUGUUUUGGUUUUCGACUGAUGGAUCAGAUUUCUGAUCAAGAAGACCAUCUGGAAGAGGGAGAAGAAGAAUUAUUUCUGGUGAGUCACCAAUGUGUUAUGUCCUUGUUUGAUUGUUUUUAGAUUAGAUUGAGUCAGGUCCAGGGGAGUAUCUGCAGCAUCCAUACAUGAACAAAACCCUAUUGUGGAUGAAACCUUUAAGAUCAUACUCUGCACAGCCUUGAUUGUGGCUUAGAUUUGAUAAAGAUACAGAAAAUCAGAGGAAACAGUCUGUCUCUCUUCACAUUAUUAUUUUUUAAUAUUAUUGUAAGAAAUAAUAGUUAUUAAUAAUCAGACUAUCUGGAGUAAUCUGCUGAAUUCCCAUGCGAAUUAAAUCAAAUAAAAAAUAAUAUAAUAAACAAUAUUUAAAAAAACAGAAGAAAAUAAAUGCAUUGUGUGCUGCUUCUGAAAACUCAAAUUUCCAAAAAACACGUAAUACAUUUCUCAAAUCGUGUUUCAAUUAAAUCAAAUGUUUAAUAUGUCAUUCAGAUGGGAUGUCCAGAAUAUAUUUGAGUUUCAGUGUAAGAUGGACUUCUCUGUUCCUGCAUUCUUUGUGUCUGCCAGUCUUGUGAUGAUCAUGCAGUUUCCAGAGUCACUGAUUCCCCAUUUUCUUGACAAAAAAGGGAACAAGAAGCAGCAGGAGACGUGUUUCCGUUGUCCUUAACAUGUCAUCCUCUAAAUCGACACUUUGGACCAAUAUGAUCGUCUGAAAAGCUGGAUUGGAUUAUUCCACCCACAGAAGUAGCUGCGAAAUCCUGUUUUGUGCACUGCUGUCAUGGAAAUCUUAUAAAUACACUCCUUUGUUAGUCAGUGGGGUUGAGCUAUCACAUGUUUGUCUGCCCGUGAGGUGUGGUAAAUUCACAUUCAGACUCAGCUGACAGACACGUUGUAACUGAUGUGGAAAGCACAAACACUAAACAUGUUGUCCAGCACUUUUACUUUCGUCAGGGAGGGUAUGUUUACACCUCUGUCCAUUUGUUUGUUGGUUUGUUUGUCUGUGUGUUUGUUAGUUUUCUCGGAUUUCCCAGGGAACCACUCUUGGUGUAAACAGUCAGGCAUGUUUAAGAGAGUGAUAUCUUUCUAAGUGUGUGCAAUUUGGUGCAGCUUGAUUAAAUUUAAAGGAACUGUUGCACCUUGUCGGGAGUAUGCACUCUUUCUAAUAUACAAUCAGCCUUUUUGAUUUGAGAAAUCUCAGAUGCUGGAAGAGGGUAGUGAGAUAUUGUAUUCAAUAUUCUGUUCGAUCUUUAUAAUCUUUGGGUGGCUCAUAACUCGCCUACAGAAAAAUGUCUUUUGCACUUUUCAAAAGCCAUGUCCCACUUGUGCCAUGUCUCCACAUAGACCACUGCAGAGGGAGGUAGAGAUGAAGAAGUCGGAGAUGUUUGGCUUCUCCCUGGAAACAGACGACAGGACAGAGGAGGAGAAAUCACGGAAUACAGCAGCAAAUAAGAAUGGCAAGGAGGCCCCAAUGGCACCAAUGGACACUGAUUACCAGGAAGAAAUGGAGCAGACAAAGCCGAAACUCAGAUUCAAUCUCAACUUUGACAAAGCGAUCCGAGGUAUAGAGCCGAACAACCGGAAGAGAGAGAGUCAGACAUUUGACAUUGAUAGGCUGUUUGAAGCAGUGGCCAGCAGGGACGUCAGAAAGCUGGAGGGCCUGCACCAGUACCUGUACCAAAACAUGAAGAAACUGUCCGACUCCCUCUAUCAGUCGUAUGGCAAAACCCCCCUCAUGAAGGCUCUCCUGCACCUCCGCGAUGGCAAGAACGAGACUGUGGAAUUAUUAAUUGAGAUUUCCGAGAGGCUGGGCGACAUUAAAGAGUUUGUGAAUGCAGCCUACACCAGCAGCUAUUACAAAGGUCAGACAGCUCUCCAUAUAGCCAUCGAGAGGAGAAGUAUUUCCUAUGUGAAACUACUGGUCAGUAAAGGAGCAGAUGUCCAUGCCAAAGCCUGUGGAAAAUUCUUCCGGCCACAUGAGAGCCCCUACUUUUACUUUGGUGAGUUGCCUCUGUCUCUGGCCGCAUGCACCAACCAGGCUGACGUGGUGGACUACCUGAUGGAGAACGAGUACGAGCAGGCGAAUGCAAAGCUGGCAGAUUCUCAGGGUAACACAGUACUGCAUGCUCUGGUGGUGAUUGCUGACAACUCCAUUGAGAACACCGACUUCAUCACCAACAUAUACGACAGCAUCCUCAAGACCACUGCCCGACUGCAUCCGAAGCUGAAGCUGGAAGACAUCGAGAACCACCAGGGGCUAACCCCUCUCAAAAUGGCUGCCAAGACUGGCAAGAUAGGGCUUUUUGCCCACAUCCUGAAACGGGAAUUCCAAGAGAGCCACACCAAACAUUUGUCCCGUAAAUUCACCGAAUGGGUUUACGGGCCGGUCAACUGCUCCCUGUACGACCUGGCCACUUUGGAUUCGUGCGAGGAAGCCUCAGUCUUGGAGAUACUAAUCCGCGGCAGCGACAUUCCUAACCGUCACAAGAUGCUUGAGACGGAACCUCUGAACCGAAUGCUGGAUGAGAAGUGGAAGAAGUUUGCGGGUCCCCUGUUUUUCGUCAACUUCCUGUUCUACCUUCUGUACCUGAUCAUAUUCACUCUUGUGGGUUACAAUAAGAAAGAAUUACAGCUUCCGUUUCGCCUGGAACACAACUUGAAGGGUUACCUGUAUGUUUCAGGCCAGCUACUAUUACUACUGGCAAACAUCUAUUUCUUUUUAGGAGGGAUAAUUGACAUGUGCAGGAAGCGACCAAAGCUGCAGACGUUGAUGAUCGAUGGAUAUUAUGAGAUUCUGUUUUUCUUGCAGGGCUUCCUCUUCAUAACCUCAGCCGGGCUGUACGUGUGCGGGCAGCAGGCGUACCUGGGCUUCAUGGUGCUGUGUCUGGCCCUGAGCUGGGUGAACCUGCUCUACUAUUCCAGGGGAGACAGACACAUGGGCAUCUACAGUGUCAUGAUACAGAAGAUGAUCCUCAGUGACAUCCUGCGAUUUCUUUUUGUCUAUGUCGUCUUCCUCUUUGGAUUUUCUGCAGCCGUGGUCUCCCUGCUCAUAGAACCUUCUGUGAAAAACAUCAACAAAACUGUAACAAUUGGUAAAGGGCGUUUCAUUGGUCCCCUCGAUGCUGAUGAGGAGUGCCUGAAACCCAGCUACUCCAACAUCACCUACACCACACUGCAGCUCUUCAAGUUCACCAUCGGCAUGGGCGACAUGGAGUUCAUGCAGGACUCCCAAAACACGGAGGUCUUCUACAUGCUCCUCAUCUCCUACAUCAUUCUCACCUACAUCCUGCUGUUCAACAUGCUCAUCGCCCUCAUGAACCGCACCGUAGAGAGGAUCCAAAUGCAGAGCAGCAGCAUCUGGAAGCUGCAGAGGUCCAUCACCAUCCUGGACAUGGAGAAAAGGCUGCCUGGUUUCCUGAGGAGGAGGUUUCGCUGCGGGGUGGAGAAGAAACUGGGCACGGCUCUUGGAGAUGAUCGUCGCCGGUGUUUCAGAGUGGAGGAAGUCAACUGGAACAAAUGGAACAUCAACCUGGGCAAAAUCAAUGAGGAUCCCGGCUGCUGGGAUCGUUUACACCAGCCCACACCAGACACGCCGCAGCACAGACCAAACAGAGGGAGGAGCUGGAGAGGCUUAUUCGGGGACAACAGUAGGCAAUUGCAGACACAUCAGUCCACAGAGAUGAGUCCUCUUAGCAGCCAACCCGUCUGAAAAGACCCAGCUCAGGGCUUCACUCAGCCUGACUGACCUGAGCGACGAGGCAUUCAAGCCCAAAGACAGUAUUCACUCUCAGCUCUACCUUCCUAAAUGACUGCUACUCCACUGUCAGCUUGACUUUAAAUGGAAUCUUUGAGGCAAUAUCUCAGAUAGGGACCGUGACGAGAAAGAGAUUGUUGACUUUCAUCUAAUUGACUGUUAAAGAGAAUUAUAAAUGCUGAAUGCUGUAACAAGUGCUUCUUAUAUACCAAAGAAACCCAUCAACUAUUUAAUCCGUUUUUAGAUGCCUAUGGCUCCACCUAAACAGGAUGCAUGUCCUCUGUCUGCAAAAAAAGACAGCAUCCAAAGGCACGGCUCAAAAUCCCUCAAGGGGCAAGAUGGAGGACGAAGUUGCUGAUCCUGCCCUCCUGCUGUGUGCCCUUUAAACGGGUCCCAUUUUCAUCACAGCCAGACAAGCUAAAUCUACUGCAGCCACACAGUCCUGCAGAUUUCACAGCUUGCUCUGUCUACUCUUCUUCCUGUUUCUAUUUGGCAGAGCCGGGCUCAGAUAAAUAGCGUGAAAGCACAGCAAUAGGUGCAGCUAUGACUGCCUAUAGCACCAGCUGUUGGUGUAGAUCGACCCUUUGGACCAUUCAGUUUCAUGUUAGACAAGUGUGUGAAUAACUGACCUACCUGCACAUGUAAUAGUUAAAAGUUACUAAGCUGCAGAAUGAAAAGAGCAAUAGAAAACAUGCAGUUAAAUCAUCUUUUGUUAGUUCCAACGUACAUAAAAAUGUUCCAGAUAAUCCAAAUUGACGGCUCAGACUCAUAUCAAAGCAUAAAUUAGAACUUUAUUUUAUUAUUACAAUAUUACAAAAAGAGUAGCACAACUCUCACGCACUCACCUCUUACCUCUAGUACAGAAUGACAAAAAAAGGCUUGUGGACCUUCUUCCUUUUCACAGCAAUAGUACAAGAAACAAAGGAGAAAAUAAAAUUUAAAUAACAGGCAAAUCAAGUAUUAUAAAUAGUCACAACUGCAAACUGAAGCUUUGAAACUUGAAAAAAAAAAAAAAAAGUUACAGCCCUGUAA